AUGCCGAAUCAAGUCGAGACAGCCAAGAACCUGCUGCAGGCAUCGGGUAGGCAGCACAGUGUUCUUUUGAUUGAGUUCGCCAAGGACCGCAAGCCGACAGAGCGAAAGGGCGACUCGAGCGCCAAUUCUCGGCAGAGGGUGCCGGUCAAGGCUGGCAACUUCGUCCGUUUCCUAGAUGCCUUUGUCCAUCAGGUCACCACUGCUGGGAUUGACGUGUCUCGGCCCAAAGGUCUCACGACAGCACCCAAAAUCACUCCCAAGGAUGCCACGGUCCUUUAUGUAAAAGUCCCUCAAGAGUUCAUUGCGGCUGAUGCUUGGAAAAGGUUUAGCUCGUCCCCUCGGACACAAGUUGCGCAGUGGGCGGCAGCUCAAAGGGUUCAGCUCAUUGAUACGUUCAAGUGGACAGAGGAACUUGCGCCCGGCAAUAGGAGACAGAUUUUUGGAGUCAUCAAGAUUGCCACUGCUGAUGCUCCUUCUUUGCUGGCACAAUCGGGAUCGGGAGGCAUCUUUGUCCAGGCCCCAAGAGAGAAGUCCACCAAUCAGUAUGUGCAAUGGAUUGAAAGAACCAAAGAUGAACCAAGCGCGGUGUACCUUGCCCGCGCGAUGCGAUCCUCUGGAGCCCUUGGACUUGCCUGUCGGGGUCAGCAGCUGGGUAGCAGACACCACGCUGAUGCUAAGACUCUCGUCCAGCGUAUCUGGAUUUUUGAGGGUGUCCCACGUGCCAUUGACGUGGACCAGGCCAAGACCAUUUUGGAGACCCAGUUUAGUGAGUUGAGCAUCAUACGACAGGUGCACAAGGGCAGCACCAAAAACUUCAUUUUCCGUGGUGCAUGCACACGCGGUAAUGAGGUUGACUUGCUCCCGAUUGCCAUCGACCUUGAUGACGGCCAGAUUGUUGCAUGGGCCAAGUUGGCACCCCCGAGGGAGGCUGCAGUUAAACAGCGUACGAUCCACGGAGCAUCAAUUCCGUUCGUUGCCAAAAAGAGUGCUCUGGAUCCGGUGCCGGUGACAAUCACUCUUCCUGAUGCUAAUGGGCCUGAUGAUGCAAGUGCCCCAGCUGGCACCGCCGCGCAGACAGGUGAAAACAAAGCAGCCCCAAAGGCUGCAUCGGCGCCAAAACGGCAGAAGGCACUCCAGAGGCAACCUCCGGUUGGUACCCGACUCGAGGCUCAAGAUAAGGAUGGCAACUGCAUGUAUCGCACGAUGGCGUGUGCUCUCAAUCGUGGGCGCACCGAACCCUCAUUUCACCAUUUGGAGCUGCGUGCACGGGUUGCAACCCACAUCCAGGGCCACCCUGAGUGGUACCGUCAAGCCUGGAAGGACGAUGGGUCAAGGGGCCCUGAUGGCAAACCGUGUACCGACUGGGAGACCUUUGUGCAGGAAAUCUCCAAGCCGGGUUCAUAUUCGGGCGAUAUUGAAUUGCGAGCCUUAUGCAAGCUUACAAAAACCAAGGUUGUGCUGAUUCCUGAAGAUGCCAACUUCCCGGUUGUUGCGUAUGGCAAGAAAUGGGCAUCAUCCACCCAUUGCUUUUUCUACUCCUCGAACCAUUUUGAUUACCUCGCCCCCACUGGUGAGGUGUAUCCCAAGGACUUGUUGGACGUUGAGGCGGAUCCUUGCGGGGGCUUCUUAGUCGGUGGCAUUUCUGAGCUUGUCACAGAAUCGGCUUCCAGCGGUGGUGGUGGCACCCGAGCGGACGUCGAUGCUGUUGAUGAGACUGCGCCCCCCAGUGGCCAUGCUCGUCCCCAACGGCGACUCGUGCCACCACCUGAGGUUGCUGAAAUGCUGCGGAAAAACAUCUUCAAACGUAGGCUGUGCGCUUUUAAGAAGCGGGGCGCCAGCCGAGCCCAGCUCUUGACUAUCAAGGCCUGGCACAUGAAGCAGCAUCACCCAGGGCACCCUGUGCUCAAUACGUUGCGGGAUGUUCAUACGGCGCGAUUAGUCCAGGUCCGCCCUGACGAUGAGGUUGCGUGGAAGUGCCCCCUUUGCAACGUCGGCAUCUCUAAAGAAGAGGCUGCGACCAUGUCGCGAAGUGUCACUUGGCACCUCAAGCUUGAUCAUCGUGGCCUUAAGCAUCCUCGCAUCAGCAAGGAAAGGUGGAAAGAAAUCCUUCGUGAUCAGCGGCGCAAACAAGGCACCAACCCAAAGCUGAGUGCCAAAAGGCGCAUCAACCAGAUCAGCAAAACCAGCCUCGCCCGCGUGAGUGCAAGACUGCCGGAGCAUUGUGUCCCCUUCCUUUGGCCCACUCCUGUGUAUGCCAAACCUGGAAGCAAGGAGGUUAACAUUAACACAACCUCAGCAGUGGGAUACGUUAGCGAGUGGCAAGCCAAACGAUGCAAGAUCAUCCUUAGCCCUCCUGACGUUAGCAAGUGUCACAGAGUUGCGCUGGUUUCCACUUUGCCGGUGACUCCUGCCCACUUACAGUUGGACCUGGCAGGUCCCAGGGUAGCUGCAGGUCUCAUUGCUUGGCCUUCUGGUACGGUCCAUCACCACAUCCUGGUUGCCGCUUUCUAUGGCUAUGCUGACAGUGCGGAGCGCACCCAUGCGGCAUUCGCGGAGCUCCACUUUGCUCUUCAGGCGUAUGGUGGCCAUUUCAUUAUCGUGGGAGAUUUCAAUGUCACCCAGGAAGAAGGCCCGAUCUCGGCUGCUCUAGCAGCGGGCACUCUGAGGGCGGCGGAUGAUGCGUCACAGGUCAGUCUACCUGCAACCAGCCCAGCUGACAUUCGGCGCAUUGAUUUUGCCCUGCAUCACCCGUGCCUCUUUGCCUUAAAUGUCACCACAGAGCGACGAAAGCCUCUAAGUGAUCAUGCAUUGGUGGCUUAUGACUAUGGUCACGAUUUGUAUCCACCCAUGUGGCGAGCCCCGCGAUUCCGUGACUUCUCGGCCUUUGAGCAUCUUGAGGACGAGCACCGCACCAUCCUGCAUCAGGCGGAACCUGCACUACUGCACCUCUUGCAAAACAAUCAGGUCGAGGAGGCUUGGGUCGCCUUGUCUAACCUUGGUGAGGAUUUGCUUGGUGUUCAGGGGGGGGGCUGCCGUAGAAGUGACCUGUGGGAGCCGAGUUCUUACUCUCGCCACCCGCGGAGGCCUUCCAAACAGGGACAUGAAUCCCCAGGGCUUCAGGCCUUGCGACGACUCACUCAGAGGCUGCAUCAGCAGAUUCGUCAACCAUGGCGUGAUGACCUCCGCAAGGCCACUGCUCGUUCCAUUCAUGGUGUGCGGGUACAGGUUCCCGAACUGCCCUCGGUGGACUUGAACCACCCAGACCUGGCAAAUGAAUCGGUUGAGGCCCUGGAGCUCCAGUACCGUCAACAGGAAAGGCGAGUGCGGCUUGAGCAGUGGCAAGCGUCAAUUCGUGAUUCUGUUGAUAAUGCCAUCAAGUGGGUCAAGCGACGAGCCGAUAAAGCACUUCACCUCCAGUCUGCCACCGACCCUGUGGCGACUAAGGUAGGUUACGUUCACCCGGCAGCAAAAAUCGAGGAUCAAGGUGCCCACUGGACCAAACGGUGGGCCAGUCCCUUUCAGCAGCCGAACUUACCUGCCUUCAAUGCCAUUUUGGAUGGUCUUAGUAGUAGGGAGACUCAUGUGAUCGACAUCACCCCCACCGUCGAAGACCUGCAAAAGGCCAUGCGAAAGAUGAGAAAAACUGCACCCGGCCCCGAUGGCUGGGCUGCCAGUACAUUACUCAAGCUCCCGCCUCGGUGGUGGCAACUUUAUGCCAUGCUUUGGAAGGUGAUCAUUGCCACAGGCCAAAUCCCAAGACAUUGGCAACGUUCCACCAUAGUUCUGAUUGCUAAGAAUGCCAGCGAAACUAGGCCCAUAGCCCUGCUUUCUACUUGUUGGAGGGCGGGGGCUAGGGCCAUUGUACAGCGCCUGCUCCCCUGGACCCUGAGCUGGAUGUCCCACCGCGCGGUUGGAGGUGCACCUAGCAACUCUGCUGUGGAUCUCCACAAGCGUGUCUUUGACGCUUGGGUGGAUGGAACAACGUCUUUCGUCCAGCAGGACUUGCAUGCCUUCUUCGACUCGUUGUCGACUGAGGUGGUGUGUCGUGCUCUUUGUAAGCUGGGAGCCCCGGGGCAAUUGGUAACCUUGGUCCAGAGCUUUUAUAGCAUGCAACUCCGUAUGUUCACUGCUGAAGGCCUGUGUGACAGCCAAUGGCGCACGGCCAACAUUGGCAUCCUGCAAGGCUGCCCGUUGUCUCCUCUACUCAGUUUGGGCCUCGGCCAGCUGUGGACUGAGCACAUUGCUGCUCGUGACAUCGAGUGUGGCAUCUUCGUUGAUGACCGGUGCAUGUGGUCACCCAGAAACCGUGCUAACUCUCAGCAGGUGGAGAAUGCCCUUGCCAGGAGCGAUGCUUUUGAUGCUGCUGCAGGCCUGUCCUGCAGGCCUCGCAAGUGCCAUCUUGUUACAUGUGAGUCCGAUGGUCCGUGGCAUGAGGUCACCCGCGCCCGCGGUUACACCCAAACUGCCACCCUCGACUUCCUUGGCGUUAGCCUAGCCCUUGACACCGGUGAAACCUCACUCCUCAAGAUGCGUCUUCCCAAACUCCUUGAAAGAGUUCGGCUGGCUGCUCUCACAGGGUUUGGGAUUGAGGCUAAAGCGCGGGUGCUUAAGGCUUUGAUUUUUCCUGCAAUGUUUUGGGCUGCGGGCGUGGCGGUGCCUGAACCCUGCACCAUGACCCGAAUUGCUGAAUCCAUCCGAUGGGCUUUCCAACGUAAUCUGACACAGGAGGCCCCAAGAGUGCUUGUUGGCCAAGUGCUAGGAUGGGAGUUGGAUGUUUUCUGGUUGGCCGAAUGGUCUGCCAUCAGGGCCCUCGAAAGACUUAUGACGAGUGUCCUAGAACCAUCUGAAGCGAUCACCUUGAAUGAGCUACAAUCCGCACGUUGCCAUGGCCUCCCGGUGGCAAAUCAAGUUAUCCAGAAACAUGGGUGGCAACUUGACUGCCACAACCGUGCACUCCUGCGCAGGGACGAUCAGAUGCGGACACGCACCUAUCGGAUGGGUGUGGAUUCGCCUCGAGUUCUUAGGAGCUGGUUGAUUGACUGCCACAAGCUGCAGGCGACGAUGACCUGUGGCCGCAUAGUUAGGUCCUUACAUAGGCAUGACCCGUCCCUUGCGGUUGGUUUAAGCCUCCCUGCGCCCCCCUCAGGCACGCGAUUUGCCUUUUCAGGCCACAAGACUGUCUAUCGGCGAGCUGCUGGGCCCUUUGACCGACAUGCUGCACUUGCUGUUGCAUGCAACUCUUGGUUCCUGGCCAAACGACUUAGGUUCGAAGGCGAAGUUAAGUGUCUGUGUGGGCGCUCGUGGCCUAGCCGAGCUCAUUUGCAAUGGCUGUGCCCAGCUUUGGAUGAGCAACGACCUUCCGUUGAUCCCCCCACGGAGCGAGUCGGCGAGCGGCUCCUUGGUGCUCCUUUACGUGAAUUCCCGCCACCUCCCCCGACUGGCAUCACAGACAGAGAGGAGUUGAGAGUGCAACUCAAAGCUGUCUUCGAAGCCUCUCCGCAACGAGCGGUGUUGGCUACCGACGGCAGUUCCCGGGACGAGAUUGGCGCGUUCUCCAUCGUGUCCGAGUCUCCGCCAUGGACUUUUGUCGGAGCAGACGAAGGUGAAGACCAGACGCCCUUUCGCAUGGAGCUUCUGGCGCUGGGGGAGCUUCUCACUGCUGCUGCGACCCUUCCAUGUCUCCCUGAGGCGCUCUUCAUCUUGGUGGAUUGUGAGGCGGCUUUGAAGGCUUUGGUCUCCCCUGGUCCAUUUCAUCUGGGUACCGUCACACGGCAAGAAAUCGCGAUGGACACCGCUCUCGAUGCGACCACCUGCCGGAGACUGAAUGAACAGGCAGACAUCGCGGCCAGGAGGCACUGUGCUUUCCGAAGUACUGGUGCCGAUAGGCAGCGUUGGCAUGCUGAACACAUCGCUGCUUCCACUCACGAGGUGACCUUAGUCAGUUUUUCUUCCCGAGCAGGAACCUUGCUUGAGGAUCACAUGAAGUGUACAGCACGGGCUGCUGCUGCAGCCGAGUGA